AUGGAAUAUUCAGUAUCUUGGAUUUCAAUCUCAAGGAUUAUCGGAUAUCAAUCACGAAAGCUUAAAGAAGAACUCAAAAUUGAGCAAAAGCUUUUGAUCUCAUCAGAAAAAUUGUUAGCUUCAAUCAAUAAUCAACUUCAAUCCCUUCAAUUAAGUAGCAGAAAUUACACCAUCCAUGAUGGCGAAGGCCGCAGUCCGACAGAAAAACAGGAAGUUCCAAAACUCGGGGUCAUUUAAUAAAAUGGUGGCCCCGAAGGGCCACGGGGUCGGAUGGGGUGUGGUUUCCCGGGGUGGGAGUAGGUUUGGGCUGACUGGGCCUCUCCUCGACCCACAGACGAAAGACUGACGGCGCAAUACCAAGCAGGCACUUCUGGAGGAGCAUUAUGCUGCCUGUAAUUGGCGGAGGUAGUUCCAGAAGAUGGCUUUGGACGUUUCCCUCAUACCCUGAGCACUACAGGGGUUAAGAGAGUCCUUUGCUGAAGUUUUUUUGGUCCAAGCAGGGUCUCGGGUGAGUCUCCCCGAAAGAUGUCGACGUCACCAUUUUUGAUGACGUCGACAGAAAAGGGCGUUAGGUGGCUUUGGUGACUAGCGCCACAUUGAGCGUGAAGCUGGAGCUCGACUGGAUCAGGGGCUGAAAUAAACCCCGCUUCUACCCUCUCUAAUUAAUACUCUCUCUCAAUUAAGUAGCAAUCCAGACCCAUCAGAGAUUUCGAUAAUUCAAACACGCAUGAUUGCUUUAUAUAGCGUUUUGAAUAUAAAAAGUCGAAUGGUUUUAUCAGAAUCCUUAAAUAAUUGCUAUAAGGGACUACAAAGAUCUUUGCAUAAGAAAGACACAAAAAUUUAUGAAGCUUGCAAUAGAAUUAUUGAACUUACUCAAUCUGAAAAUGAAGGCUCAAUAAGGCCAAAAGAAAUGAAAAAAAUUUUGAAGAUUAAGCAGCUAGCGAGUGAGAUAUUAUGUAACAAGAGACUUUAA